AUGAAGCCCUCCAAAUCUUCACGCGUUGGAAUGCCCCCUCGUGGCCGCUCUUCACGAAGCAACGAUGAUCAUGGGUCGGCGACACGAUCGGAAGAGGAAGUCGUGGGUGAGAGGAGAAGUGGCGUGGACGCCCCCUCCAGUGCUCCUACCCUGGUCCACCACCAAGUGACGUCGGUCUUGACACGCCAGAGUUCGUCGGGAAUUGAGGCAAUGCGACGAAGGAUGAGCGCGGCGCUCGCACAGAAACAACAGACGCGUGCGGCUGCUGCCGCCACUGCUUCCAGCGGUUCGUCUGAUACGACGAAACAAGACGACCCGUCCGAGCCCUCGGCAUCACUGCAACAUACGGAGUCGAGCUCGGAUGAAUCGGUGAACACCGCAGCCCUCUCGACAGAUUCCACCCGGACUAUACGAGCCACAUUUGACAUGACCCCGGGGGCUGUCAGGACCCCGUCGUACCCAUUCCCUCGCAUGGCUUUGCGGCUCAAUCGUAAUACCAGCCACCGCUCAGGCCCCUCCCACAGACCCUUCACUCUUCUAUCCCCCACCAACGAGCCGCCGCUCAGCUCCGAUCCUGCGCAGCCCCCGCCUCCGCAACGGCAAGCAUCCUCUUCGGAUAUGAGUACACCAGUUGGCCAGACACCUCUGAGUCCAGGCUAUAUCGAAGACCCCAAUUUCCCGACGCCCGACUUGUACGAUAUUAUUUUAAUGCUCAAUGCUGAACCAGGGUUGGAUAUGUGGUGGGUCAAUGUCACUGAGAUUCUGUCCGAAGUUUAUGGCGCUGAACGCGCAUCGCUGGCGGUUCCUGGAGAUAUUACUGAUCUCGAGAACGUUCCAUGGGGGCAAAAGGCAACGUACAACAUUAAUGGCAGCGAGGGAGUACCGCUGUCACAGUUUGAAUCUCUGGCUACCUCCGAGGCUGACAUAUCCUCUCUCGGCCGGCGGCCAGAGCCUGCCAGCAGGAUCCCCAGUGAUGUUAGUUCGGCCCCGCGCCGGCCCCCCCUUACGUCCCGUCACUCUAUUGCAGGCCCAUCACCCGAGCCAUCUGCCAGGGUUGCUCGUCAGCGACCUGCGGGGCCUGUGCGUGCCUACAGUAUGCUGCCUAAAGAGCCAGCAGAAGAAGGUCCGACUGUUUCGCCGCUGUUGCCCAGGUUGACGAGGCAAGCCGCCACACCGAGAUCGUCUGUGGCCGAAUUAGACCCCUUGGCGUUAAGGGGACAGUACAACUCGUCUGGUUCCGCUUCAUCGACACUCAGGUGUCAUGUGCAUCGCUCGAUCCAGCCGCUUGAGGCUGAGCCGGACCCAUUACUUGUCCGUACAGGCGUUGCAACGUUGUUCGGGAAGAGGAAACCUGUCGUAUUGACGAGAGCUUACACAGAGACCGUGCCGAGACAGUCGCCGAAGGUCAAAGGAAGGGAAGAUAAUCGAAGCGCGCCACCGACGCCAUCCCCAGGAGGUCCUGACGAACGCAGAGUUGGAAGACCCGAAGAUGCUCUGAUGCUGCAGGCCAACUUCCGGGCAUUUGACGAAUAUGAGCAGCCAGAACCAUCACCUUGGUCGCAGAGCCCCUCCCCUUCACCUGCGGCACGUCCUGACCCAACCGAAUCACCCUUUUUCAUGCAACCCACGGCAUCCAUUGACGAGUCUGCAUUCGAACAAAAUCCCCCAGUGUAUGACUACGCCACCACCGCCAAUAAGCCAUUGAGUGCGAUAGGCGCCGAUAUGUCGAAGACAUUGAUUCAUGUGCCUCUGAUACAGCCGAUUUUGGCUAGGGGAACCCUGGCAUCUAACCUCCGCUUUCCGAUAGCCAUCCUGUCUUUUCUGUCGCCCCUGAAUCCAUAUCCGCGUAGUCUGCGGCAUUCCUUGGAGGCCCUCCUACCACAUCUGGCAAGCUCAUAUUCACUAGCACAGCAAUACAGCGCUCUCCAAGAUCGUUUGCGUGGCACUCCUGGAAGCCGACAUGGAGCGGCAUUCGGUCUGGGCGGCACAUUUUCUGAUGAAGGCUCUGAACUCGAACUUGUGGCUGAGCUGAGCGGACAAAUUGCACAGGAUAAAGAGAAUGCUAGAUCGUGGUCAUACCAGGAAAGCCUCAGCCCAGGAGUUCUUAAAGAAAGCCCGGGCAAUUCUGUCGCAAGCACCCCACUCUUGGAGCAGUUUGGGCUGAGUUCAGGACAGCCGCCAACUCCCGGUGGCAAGACAGGCUCCGAAAUGGUAGACAGCUACUUCUCUGCUAGAAGGCAAAAAGCCGGUCAACAGCCACUGACUCCUGGCCCUCGACCGACCAGGGAUGAGACGGAGCAAACCAAACACUCGACUGAGAAAUCUUCCGCUGGCUCAAAGACAGCUGGGAAGAAAACUACAGGAAACGUCGGAAAGGCACAGCCCGACCCUCCUAGUCCGAUCGCACUUCGAACGGCGAGCAUCACUUCUGCAAGUGACCCUGGAGACCAUUCACUCUCCCUCUACGACAGAAUUGAUCCCCCCCUUCGGCGAAACACUGCUCGACGUGUUAGCGAGAAUAAAGAUGAUGGCGAGAGACCUCUGCCCGAACUCAUAUCGUCUCUGAUGCUUAAUGCUGUACCCCUUCAACUUUUCCUGGCGAAGCCGAGUACAGGAGACUUGGUUUGGACCAACCGCAAAUUUGACGCGUUCCGGAGUCAAGGAGAGGGCCGUGUCCGAGAUCCUUGGAAAAACGUGCAUCCAGCAGACAGAAACGGUCUGGUCAAGCUGUGGAAUGAAGCGUUAAGAACAGGAAGUCAGUUCACCCACUAUAUUCGUGUUAAGAGAUUCAACAGUGACAGUGAUUUCCGCUGGUUUGUAUUUCGAGCCAGCACUCUACUGAGUAACAAUGGCCGACUCUUGUACUGGAUUGGUUCCUUUCUAGACGUGCAUGAGCAGUACAUGAAGAACCUUGAGGCCAGUGAAAAGGAGGCGAUCAUGGCCCGUGACACAAAGAUUCGCGCACUUGCAGAUGCCAUUCCACAGAUUCUGUUUGAGGCUAUCGAAGGAGAUGGCAUUGUGGCUGUCAACCAGCAAUGGCACGCAUAUUCAGGCCAGACGCUAGAGGAUGCCCGAGGUCUAGGGUUUGCGAAACAUGUCCAUCGUGAUGAUCUGCACAAAUGUGGCAUUUUGGCACCGUCAGACGUCGCCGCGAUUGCUCGGUUUUCAGCUACCAGUCCCUCUUCGUCCACCGAUUCAAACAAAACUGUCGGCGCGACUGUACCUCCGCUUCCUGCGCAGAAACACCUUUUCUCGCCUGAUUUGAGCUCACUGGAGCGGAUGAUCAAAUCAGGCUCCGUCGUUGUGGAGAAGGAUGAAAACGGUCGCCUAUCGUACCUGACUGAGAUUCGAUUGAAGUCUAGAGGAGGCGGGUAUCGCUGGUUUCUCGUACGCCUUGUUCGAGUUGACACUGGUCUAUGGCAGAGCCAGAGCGGAAAGGCAUCUUGGUACGGCACGUGUACCGAUAUCGAGACACGGAAAGCCUUGGAACGAGAAUUGAACCAAGCCAACGAGAAGGUCCACUCAGAGAUGGAGUCCAAGACCAAGUUCUUCGCCAACAUGUCCCACGAAAUCCGAACGCCGCUCAAUGGCAUUCUGGGUAGUAUGCCUUGGCUGGUCGAGUCAGAGCUAGAUCACGAUCAACGCCGGACAGUGGACACCAUUCAAAACAGCGCCAACAACCUGAGGGAACUUGUCGAUAACAUCUUGGAUGUGACGAAAGUCGAGGCUGGGAAGAUGACGCUACUUCCCAAGUGGUUCCAUGUUCGGGCACUCUGCGAAGAGGUGAUAGAUACAGUAUCGUCUAGGGCGAUCGAACGUGGACUAGAGCUCAAUUAUUCGCUGGAGGCCAACGUUCCGUCAAUGGUCAAGGGAGAUGCUUUCAGAGUUCGCCAGGUUCUGCUCAAUCUUCUCGGGAAUUCCGUCAAAUUUACCGAACAGGGCGAGGUGUACAUGCGGUGUUCCUACCGCGAUGCCGAGCGCGCCAGCCCGACAGGACGGUCUGAUAAUUCGGGCUUACUCUCGUUUGACGUGGUUGAUACUGGUCGUGGGUUUAAUGAGGAUGAUUUUAAACGGCUUUUCAAGCAGUUUGGCCAGAUUGGGGGCGGCAGUAAUCACGAGGCUGGCUCUGGAUUGGGACUCUUCCUGUCCAAGCAGCUGGUGGAGAUGCAUGGAGGCGAGCUUUCUGUGAAAAGUAAAGCAGGCGAGGGCUCGACUUUCAGCUUCUACAUCCGGGUCGAGGUGGCUCCUCCGGGUUCUGAAGUUACCUCCCCCCCAGUCGCUGCGAGAGCCGGGAAACAGAGGCAGUCGCCUUCAUUGGGAGGCAGCCCUCGAUCACAGUCUGACAACAAGACCGCGACAAUAUCGUCAGCUAAGGGUCUCUUGCCCAACGAAGCUAUCAUUCAAACGCCCGGCCUAUCCAGAUAUGUAAGUCCUCCACAACAGGCGGCCGCUCUACCAUCGCCGGCCGUAUCAUCGCCAACGCUUGUUUCGCCGCCCGUCCUUCCAUCCGAUAGCUCCGGAUUGUCGAUGCGAUCAAACUCGGGUAAUAUAGCGUCUGCGUCGUCGGCGACUUCGAUCGUGCAAACACCCGAAUCUGCACCUCCUCCCGAUUCUGCUCUUUUAGCGAGUGAACGACAAGUCCUGACGGAGAAGGCCAUAGCGUCCCACCAGAUCUUCAAGCGGAGCAACAGCGACAAUGAUGGAGGUAGGUUGGCGCCGGGAAAGGCCCACCCCCAGACGUAUUCGGUUAUCAUCAUUUGCCCUGCCGAGUAUGCGCGGACGGCGAUCAAGCAACAUAUCGAGCACGUGGUUCCAUACUCGAUCGCGGCUAAUGUCACGACUAUUCCGGACAUUGGUUCAUUCCUCGAUCUCUUGAACGGGCCAUUACCACCUACUUUCUCACACAUCGUCUUGGAUAUACCUGCGACCUCCGACAUCAUGCUAUUUAUGAGACAGAUGGCUAACUACACCGGCCCGGUGAUACCGGCCCUCGUGGUGAUUACCGACCACUACCAGAAGCGGGAUAUCCUCGAUGACUUUACUGCUCUCACAGCCAGCGGGCGCAAAGCCUACAUGAUUCACAAACCAGUCAAGCCGUCCGUGUUUGCAAUGAUUUUCGAUCCUGCGCAGUUACGCAAUUUGAGCAAAGAUCGAGCACGCGAGGUCGCGCAGUCGAGCUCUGACGACUUCCGAAAUAUCGCGAACUUGGUCAAGGAGAAGAUCGGCGGAAGAGAUCACCGAGUGUUGUUGGUCGAGGACAGCGAUGUGAACCGGAUGGUGAUUCAACGGUACCUCAAGAAAGUUGCGCUGGUCAACGACUGUGCCAAGAACGGGCAGCAAUGCGUGGACAUGGUUCAGGGCAACCCACCGGGGUACUAUUCGCUCAUCAUCUGCGACAUCCAGAUGCCGGUCAAAAAUGGGUAUGAAGCCUGUACGGAGAUACGGGAGUGGGAAAGGAGUCACGGGUACCAACCCUCGCCGAUCAUGGCACUGACAGCGCAUGCAAUGCCCGAGGAACGCGCAGCCGCAGCAAAUGCUGGAUUUACCGACUACCUUACCAAACCGGUUGAUUUUAAUGUGCUGGGGACGAUGAUGAUGACGCUACUGGACCCAACUGUGCCACACGUGUUCUUACGUGAUAGGCCUCUGGAGUCUUGA